AUGGCCUUAAGCAGUCACCACGGGCAUGGUUUGGGAGAUUUGCAAAAGUUAUGUUGGCUACGGGAUACAAACAAAGCCACGGGGAUCAUACAUUGUUCAUUAAGCAUUCUCCUUCAGGGGGGAGUUGCAGCUCUUUUGGUGUACGUUGAUGACAUAAUAUUGACAAGAGAUGAUGUUAGGGAGAAACAAGUCUUGAGUCAGCAUUUGGCGAAGGAAUUUGAGAUUAAAGCAUUACGAAGGUUGAAGUACUUUCUCGAGAUUGAAGUUGCUCACUCGAAGCAGGGAAUCUUCUUUUCUCAACAGAAGUAUGUUACGGAUCUUCUCAAGGAGACUGGCAAGACAACAUGCAAACAAGCGAGUACUCCUACAGAUUUGAAUUUCAAACUUGGGAAAGAAGAGGAGGAUGCCGCAGUGAAUAGAGAAAUGUAUCAACAUUUAGUGGGAAGACUCAUUUACUUGUCUCUCACACACGACCAGAUAUCGCAUAUGCAGUGA